ACAGCGCAUUCUCCCGUUAGACUGAGAACUACUUACUAACCGUGUAGUAGAAGAAGUCUUUGUUUACAUCCGUGCUGAAUCAUCUCACCUGAGAACAAGUUUGUUUGUUUGUUAUUUUAUUGAGUAAAUAAGCAUUUUAGGACAUGGAAACUAAAUCUUGGCAUCUGUCUCUGAAGCAUCAUCACAAGCCAAAAUCAGUGUUACCAUUUCCGGAGUAUGUUGAACCUGGACGCUACAUGGUGGCCACCAUCAAGCAGCUGGUUUCAGCUCAUUUACCAGAUUCUUUUCCAGACCCAGAGCUCAUAGAGCUGGUGCACUGUGGGUGUAAACUAAAAGAUGACUUAACGUUAGAUUCCUACGGGAUCGAAUCAGGAUCCACGUUACACAUCUUAAAGAAAGUGUUGCCUGAACCCAAGGAAGAGCCUGAACCAGUGGACAGAUGUGCUGCAACGGAAGAGUUUAGACUACUUCAGAAUGUCUUGCAGGAUAGUCCUUCAUACAGAGAUGAUGUGUUUAAGAUGCUGAGCGAUAAGGAGUCUCUGGAGGGGAUUAUAAAGGCUUUCCCUGGACUCAGUUCAGACCCUGUAGGAUUAGGUGUAUUACAAAAUAAGGAUCUGUUUGUACUGUUUGCAGACCCCAAUCUGCUUGAUGUCUUGAUCCGUUCUCAUCCAGCGCUCGUCAACGCCAUCGUUCUGAUCUUCAAAACGGUGUCGAGAGGCAGGCAUAGACAAUCAAACAACACCGGUGAUAGUGUUUACAGUAUGCCAGGAGCAUUUCUGUUUGAGGGCAUGUCUGAUGAUGAUGAAUCUGGAAGUCGUGCAGGCUCGUUCCAGCGCUCGAGAUCUCCUACCAACCUCAACAAUGGCGGAGCUACAGGGCCUCGACCCAUCACUCAGAGUGAGCUAGCUUCAGCGUUAGCUCUGGCUAAUUCACCAGAAAGCAAUGCAGUCACUCCCAAUCUGGGCAGCCAAGAUGUGUCUGCUGGUGGAUCUUCAGCAGCAACAGCAGCAGCAGCAGGUGUGCUGAGUCGGGCACUUCGGCAGGCUCUCGCUUCCAGAGUGACACCUCAGCAGGGCCGCUGGCAGACGCAGAUGCAGCAGCUCAGAGACAUGGGCAUCAGAGAUGAGGGGCUGGCAUUACGAGCCCUGCAGGCUACAGACGGAGACAUGCAAACAGCACUCGAGAUCAUUUUUGCUAGAAGAGGAGGACUCUGAGGCCCAGAGGUCUGAAGGGUGGAGGAAUUUUGUAAAAAACUAAAAAACGUCAUCUUUUUUAUGUUUUGCAAAUUCGUACUAAAUAAAGUGAACAAAAGAUUUAA